UUGUAAUCAGUUGGUAAUGCUUCUUGAGUGUUGCUAAUCAAAAAAAUUGUUUUCAAAUUGGUAACUAUACCGUCGUCAUAAUAAAAUGGUGUUUCUAAAACAAAUUGUAUUGAAUCGUAAAUUGAUUCCAACAUUCUCGAACAUUGUAUCAAGACAAUUUGCAGGUGCAGUCUCGAAGAAAAUGGAAGAACACGGAGUUGUACCCGAUGUAAUUGAUGCGGCUCCAGCAGCUAAUAUUGAGGUUUCAUAUCCAAGUGGAGUUACUGUUAACAAUGGCAAUGUUUUGACUCCUACUCAAGUCAAAGAUGAACCAACUGUAAAAUGGGCUGCUAAAGACGGUGCCUUAUAUUUGCUUUGCAUGACUGAUCCUGAUGCACCAAGCCGUAAAAAUCCUGAAUUCCGUGAAUGGCAUCAUUGGCUUGUAGGAAAUAUUUCUGGUAAUGAUGUUGCAAAUGGUGAGGUUCUUUCUGCCUACGUUGGAUCUGGCCCACCACCAGACACUGGUUUACAUCGUUAUGUGUUCCUUGUUUAUGAACAACCUGGCAAAUUAGCGUUUGAAGGCGUUCCACAUUUAACAAACACGUCUGCUGAUAAUCGUGGAGGUUUUUCGAUCAAGAAGUUUGCUGCAAAAUACAAAUGUGGUCAACCAAUUGCUGGCAACUUUUAUCAAGCUGAAUAUGAUGAUUACGUUCCAAUUUUGUACAAGCAAUUAGGCGCAUAAAAAUUUCCAUGUUAUUUUUUUGAAUUGUUUGGCAAAUGUUAUUUUUUUCAAAUUUAUUACAAUGUAACUAGUUUCCACUCAAAUAA